GACCUCUGCCCUCUCCACCCUCCCUGACCUCUGCCCUCUCCACCCACAGGUGCGGUUGACCUCCGUUCCGUGCCGCGUUGCCCCCCCCCCCCCCCGCUGGGCGAUGCUUGCCGCCGCCGUUCGGCGCUAAAAGAUGUUGGAGAACGGUUCAGGGCCGGCGACGCCUGGGAACGGCUCUGGCUCGGACCCUGAUCCGGGGCGGGAAGGCCCGGCGGGCUCCUGCAACAACGACGAGUCCUACAAGUACGUCUUCCUGCCCGUGUGCUACACCUACACCUGCGUGCUCAGCCUGGCCCUCAACUCCAUCAUCCUCUGCAGCAUCCUGAAGAGGCGCAAGGUGUGGAACUGCUCGCUGAUCUACAUGUUCAACCUGGCCCUGACGGACUUCAUGUACGGCCUCUCCCUGCCCGUCCUCAUCGCCAGCUACAUCAUGCAUGACGUGUGGGUCUUUGGAGACUUCACCUGCCGCCUUGUGCGAUUCCUCUUCUACUUCAACCUGUACUGUAGCAUCUCCUUCCUCACCUGCAUCAGCUUCCAUCGCUACCUGGGCAUCUGCCACCCAAUGAGGACCAUCACCAUGGAGACCAAGAAGACCGCCCGCCUGGUGUGCGUGCUGGUCUGGCUGGUGGUUCUAGGCCUGACCAGCCCCAUCUUCCACUUCGCCAAGACGGCCGACUCUCACAACGCCACCAACUGCUGGGAUGACGCGUUGGACACGGAAUACCCCCACUACGUUCCUUACGGCAUCAUCCUCCACUCUGUCGGCUUCUUCCUGCCCUUCUCCAUCAUCGCCUGGUGCUAUUCCCGUGUCAUCAGGACCAUCUUCAAGACCAUCAACAACCAGGAGUUCAAGUCGGCCGCCCCGGGGCUGGAGAAGCGGCGCAAGUCCAUCAAGACCAUCCUCACCAUCACCCUCCUCUUCGCCCUCUGCUUCCUGCCAUUCCACGUCACCAAGACCAUCUUCCUCAUCAACAAGGCCGUGCCCAACGUGGCCUGCACCACCAAACGGGUCGUCACCAUCUGCUACAAGGUCACCCGCCCCCUGGCCAGCUUCAACGCCUGGCUCAACGCCCUCCUCUACUUCCUCACCAAGGACAAGUGGCCCCAGAACUGCCUCAAGCCCAAGAAGAACGAGGACUCCAAGUCUUCGUGGAACAUCUUCAAGCCCUUCAACCACCUGACGUCGCCCGCCUGAGACGGGCCUGUCGAGGAGAACGCUGGUGGUCUCCCAAUCCCCUCAACCCCUUGGGGACCCUCAACCUUCCCAUCACGAGGACGAUGGCAGCUGGUGGGCUCCCAUUUCUUCAUCUCUGUCCCUCAAUGUUCAGCCAAGAGUACGAUGGCUGGUGGACUCCCAUUUCCUCAACCCCCUGGGGUCCCUCAAUAGACAAUAGACAAUAGGUGCAGGAGUAGGCCAUCUGGCCCUUCGAGCCAGCACUGCCAUUCAAUGUGAUCAUGGCUGAUCACCUCCCCUCCCCACGGCUCAACCUCCCCAUAUGAGGAUGAUGGUAGCUGGUGGACCUCCCAUUUCCUCAACUCCCUGUCCCUCAACCUUCCCUCAUGCGAAUGGCCGGCUGGUGGACUCCCUUCCCCCUCACCCUCAAUCCCCCCCCCCCUCCUCCCAAAUGGUUCCACGCCUCCCCCAACUC